UAAAUAAGGAUGAAGGAUGCAUAUGAUAGAAAGGUCCCCUCCAAAAAUCUGGAGCAUAGCAUUUCGGUUUUAUUAUUGUAUUUUGUAGCGGCGACUUCUUGUGAACUGACAACGCUACUUCUCCCCAGCACCCCACUCUAAACAGAAAUCGCGUUCAAUGAUAUCAUCAACGGUGGUGGCCAAGUGUCUGCAGCUGCAGCAGCAGCAACGCCCGUGCUUCUUCUGUUCCCGCCAAAACAUCUGCACAACAGUCUCCGCGACGGCCAUCAGUUUCAGUUCAAAACCCCAAUAUUCAUCAUCAUCAUUCUCGCAUAUCAAACAAGAAGAUCAUCAUCAAUCCCCCCUCUUCUCUCCUCUCAUUUUACCCACAAUACACCCCAAUUCGAUUCGUUCCACCCUAACUGUUAAAUCAUCGCAUUUUAAUCUCCCUCUCAUUUCUCCCCAUGAUCAAUGGGGCACCUGGACUGCUCUCUUCUCCGUCGGCGCUUUUGGUAUCUGGUCAGAGAAGACAAAGAUUGGGAGUACAUUGAGUGGUGCGUUGGUUAGCACUUUGGUUGGACUUGCAGCGAGUAAUUUGGGGAUCAUAUCGAGUGAAGCCCCGGCAUAUGCUAUUGUAUUGGAGUUCCUGCUCCCAAUGGCUGUUCCAUUGCUGUUGUUUCGAGCCGACUUGCGUCGAGUCAUAAAGUCCACUGGGACGCUGCUCUUGGCCUUCUUGCUUGGAUCAGGUACUACCUUCUUCUUUCUUAACAUUGCAAUUUUAGGUUUUGUGCUCUCAUAUUUGUUUCUAAAUGCAUUAUUUAUUUAUUUAUUGUACAAUUGCUAAUUUGGUUUGCCUCUC